ACUACUGUACAUUGCAUUUUUGUUUAUAUACACCGCCUGUAUUUAUUUACCGGAUUCUUAACAUAGCUCACUGUAAUAUACUGUAUCUACUGCUGUACAUAUCAUUCUUAGUAUAUAUUUCUGGUAUAUAUACACAGCAUGCAUUUGGAUUACAGAUACAGUGUUAUUUGGGUUGUUAAAUGGAUUUGUCCUAACAUUCCUGAUUUCUUCUUUUUUAGUAUUGGAUUAUUAUUAUUUGUGUACUUGUUUUACAUUUUUACUGCAUUGUUAGGAGUUAGUAACACAAGCAUUUAGCUGCACCCACUGUAACAUCUGCUAAACUGUGUACGCUACCAAUAACCUUUGAUUUUAGGUUAUAUUUGGAGUUUUGAUGGUGUAUGACAGUUGAAGUAAGGUCAUGAGGCAUUUAUAAGUUAUAUUCUUCAAGAAUCAGAGGGUAUAUUUCAUUCAUUUUAAAGAUUGAAAGUCUACAUUGUAGUAUCAAACACAUGCUCCCUCCCUCCCUCAACUCCUCACUUUAUUUUUGUUUGCACUGAAUGCAGACCUCUCCAUUUUCUUCCAACAACUUUUCAAAGAAAUAUGCAAGGUAACACAUAACACCCAGACCUCACAUUGCUAUUUUGAAUAUCUAAUUGAGUAAGGCUGGUUGAAUCUGAAUGAACAUUAAAAAAAAAUCUCCAGUAGCCUAUUAGCCCAUAUAGUAUUGUCUCCUUAUCCAAAAGUGCAGACAGGUCUUGCCCUGGGGCAGGCCUACAUGAAAUUAGCAAAGUAAUGUAUCAAGCCCCUCCCAUAUUAGGCACACAAUAGGUGUGAGGGAGGGGGACAGAGGAUAAAACAGAAGUGAAAUAGCCACAUACUCACAUUAUGGUCACAGAUCUGCCUUGCUUCACCACUUGACCAUUGACUGGAUAACAUCACUUUUUCAUUCAUUGAAUUGUUGUUGAUAUUUCAUUGACCAUUUUCUUCCCAAUUGUGAGCAUGUCAUUGGGCUUUUGAUUUGAACUUUUUGAAGCUCCAAACAACUGUUUCACCAAUUGGGUGUGAGGGUAUUUCCUGUCAUACAAGAUGCGUUUUUUAAUUACUUUAUAUUUAUUUUUCUCUUUGAUGCACAAACAUAUUGUGGCCAGCUCAGGAGAGUAUUGCCAUGGCUGGUCCGACUCUUACAAGAUCUGGCACAAGGGCUUCCAGUGUCCAGAGCAGUAUGACGGCCAGGAUGCAAAGUACUGCUGUGGGACCUGUGCUCUCCGCUACUGUUGCACGGCUGCGGAGGCGAGGCUGGAUCAGAGCUCCUGUGACCUGGAAGAAUUUUUUGAAUUUGAAAACGAUAACACAAUCAACAUGACACCAACGGUACCCGCCUACUUGCCAUUUGUGAUAGUUGUGAGCACAUUUCUGUCCUUUGUGCUACUUGGUACCAUUGUGUCCAUAUGUUGCUGCCAGUGCCUAAAACCAAAGGCACAGGAUCGUCAAAAUGCAUCAGCACCCUUCCAGACCAGCCUGAUGGAAUCUGGAGGGCCAUCUCCAGAGAGCAUGACUCCAUCUCGCCAGUCUAGUUCCAGCUCAACAGGAAGAUCAACCUUGGCACCCCCAAGACAACCAACCACCUCCACUCCUGGCACUGAUGUCAACGUAAACAUGUAUGUUGCGCCUUUGAAUAAUGGAUACCCUGUUUCAAGCACACAGUCUAACCAGUAUGUGCCUCAUCCGCAGCCCCCUGGUCCAUUCUAUCAGCCAUAUCUAAACUAUGGGAUACCCCCAGAGCACACUAUGCUAAUGGCUCCAUUCUUAGAUAACCGCUCAAUGUACGGACACCAACUGGUCCAUUCCAUCCCUCAGACUCCAAUGCACACAGAACAGUUGUACACAGGUGUCACAAUAUGAGGCGAUUUUUUGCCACAUGACAGUCAUUUUUUGAGUGCCCACUUGCCUUGUCUAAGAGUUAUUUAUGGAAUGUUUAUUAUCCACUGAUUUCAGUGUAUAUUUAUGAGUGUAAAUAAAAUGUAUUUUAAACUUUU